UGAAAUCCCCUCCUCACACCGCAGACCGUUCUGAGUGCCUGCAGCGAGGUCGAUGUCCUCAGACAGGCCGUGUUCUCGCGAGACUCCGACGUUCUGCUCUGCAGGAGAGGACAGGCGAUUGACGACAAGAAGCUCUUCAUUAAAGAUAUUUGUGUUACAGUCCUGACAAGGUAAACAUGUCUCACAAUGAAGGAUAUGUGGUGCGGAUACGUGGUUUGCCUUGGUCAUGCACACAAGAGGAAGUGGCCUCCUUUUUCUCUGAUUGUGACAUUUUGGGGAAAGUGAAUGGGGUGUGUUUUACCUUCUCCAAAGAGGGAAGGCCGAGUGGAGAGGCAUUUGUGGAGCUAAAGACAUCAGAAGACUUUAAAAAGGCUCUGGCUAAAGACCGCAAAUACAUGGGUCAUCGUUACAUUGAAGUGUUUAAGUCCAACCGCAGUGAGAUGGAUUGGGUGCUCAAACAAAGCGGCCCAACAGACUACGAUAGCUGCAGUGGUAGCAUGUUGCGGCUGAGAGGACUACCUUUCGGCUGCAGUAAAGAAGAAAUUUUGCAGUUCUUUUCAGGGUUGAAAAUCGUGCCAAAUGGGAUAACAUUGCCGAUGGACUACCAGGGGAGGAGCACAGGGGAAGCCUUCGUGCAGUUUGCCUCAAAGGAGAUAGCAGAAAAGGCUCUGGGGAAACACAAGGAAAGAAUAGGGCACAGGUACAUAGAGAUAUUCAAGAGCAGCCGGAAUGAAAUGUGUGCGUACUAUGAAGUACCCAGGAGGAUGAUGGGACAGAGGCCCAGUCCAUAUGACAGACCUAUAAUGGGACGCGGGGGCUUCUUCGGGCCCGGGCCUGGAAGGGGAGGUGCUGUCUUGGACCAGAUGCGCAGUGGAAGCGGUUACAGUGGUGGAUAUGGUGGGUUUGACAAUUACAAUUGCUUCAACAACUACAGCUUUGGUAAUGGAAUGUUUGAGGAGCGUGUGCGGAGUGAUAGAGGAAGAGGAGGAAUGGGGGGUCAUGGUUACAGCAGUGAUUCAAACUCGGGCUUUCACAGUGGCCAUUUUGUGCACAUGAGAGGCCUUCCCUUCCGUGCUACAGAGGCAGAUGUCGCGAAUUUCUUUGCCCCUUUAAUUCCUGUGAGGGUACACAUUGAUGUAGGGCCCAAUGGAAAGUCUACAGGAGAGGCAGACGUUAAGUUUAGAUCUCACGAAGAUGCUGUGUCUGCCAUGUCAAAAGACAAGAAUCAUAUGCAGCAUCGGUACAUAGAGCUUUUCUUGAAUUCAACUUCAAGUGGGCCAUCUGAAAUGGGUCGUGGAGGAAGUUUCUAUGGCAACUCUGGAGGCAUGGGUUCUCGAGGAAGUGGAUCAAGGAGAAUGUUGUGAGGAUGCUUGCAAUAGAUGCAUAAACAUUUGAAAGUUGGAGCUUCCAACUUGGAAAAUCUUUUUGUACGAAUAUGUUUACACAUGUUCAUAGAGAAUAUGCCCAAAACAUUUUCCAGGCUCAAAGAUAAUUAUCUCUAAGUAAAUCUAUAUCUAUCUAUUCAUACACUCACACAUAUACAGCUCUGGAAAAAAUUAAGAGACCACUGCCAUAUGAUCAGUUUCACUUGAUUUACUAUUUAUAGGUAUGUGUUUGAUUAAAAUGAACAUUUUUGUUGUAUUCUAUAAAGUACUGACAACAUUUCUCCCAAAUUCCAAAUAAAAAUAUUGUCAUUCACAGCAUGAAAAUGUAUUUGCAGAAAAUGACAACUGGUCAAAAUAACAAAAAAGAUGCAGUGUUUUCAGACCUUGAAUAAUGCAAAGAAAACAAGUUCAUAUUCAUUUUAAAACAACAUAAUACUAAUGUUUUAACUUAGGAAGAGUUCAGAAAUCAAUAUUUGGUGGAAUAACACUGAUUUUCAGUCACAGCUUUCAUGCGUCUUAACAUGCUCUCUAUGCCACUCCUGGUGCAAAAAUUCAAGCAGCUCUGCUUUGUUUGAUGGCUUGUGGCCACCCAUCUUCCUCUUGAUCACAUUCCAGAGGUUUUCAAUGGGGUUCAGGUCUGGAGAUUGGGCUGGCCACAACAGGGUCUUGAUCCAGUGGUCCUCCAUCCACACCUUGAUUGAACUGGCUGUGUGGCACGGAGCAUUGUCCUGCUGGAAAAAAAACAAUCCUCAGAGUUGGGGAACACUGUCAGAGCAGAAGGAAGCAAGUUUUCUUCCAGGAUAACCUUGUACGUGGCUUGAUUCAUGCAUCCUUCACAAAGACGAAUCUGCCCGAUUCCAGCCUUGCUGAAGCACCCCCA